AUGGAAAGGUUUAAUCGAAUCCGAUACCUAACGUAUCAUAGAUUGCCGAUAAAUUCAACUUAUUCUUUUACAACUACUAGCGGGGAGGUUCAACCUUCUCUUCUUACAAAAUUGAGAAUCGAAGUUAAAGAUGCCAUGAGAAAAAAAGAUCAAUUGAAAUUAAAUGUUGUUCGGGGAAUACUUAGCGAUGUUACAUACGCAAGCAAGUCAUCUUCACAGACAAUGGGUAUCAUUCCAACCGACCAAGAAAUAUAUGUAAUGAUUAAUCGGGCAAUAAAACGCAGACAAGAAUCAAUUACACAAUUUUCUCAGGCUGGAAGAAAAGAUUUAGUUGAAAAUGAACAAGAUGAAUUAAAAAUAUUAGUAUCAUAUUUACCAGAACAAAUGUCAGAGAGAGAAAUUGAAAUUGAAGUUAAGAGAGUUGUAAAAAAACUUGGUAUUACUGGAGAAGGAGGAUCAAAGGAUUUGGGAAAGAUUAUGAAAGAAAUUAAAAUUGAUAAUAGUAAGGCUUCAAAGAAACUCGUGUCAGAUGUUGUAAAGAAACUUUUAUCUGAUAUGAGUAAAAAUGAAUGA